UACGUUAUACCAGAAAUUGUACCAAUAUAGUAAACCAAACCAGACCAAUAACAACCAAUUGCAACCAAUAAUGGAGUAUGCCGGCAAGCCAGAUGCGAUUUUGUAGUGUCAUGAAGAUUGGUGUAAAGAAAUCAAUAUGGCCCUCAAGCUUGGAAAAUGUAGGCUCUGCCUCAAACUCGGCGACUUUUAUUCCAUCUUCACGAUGGAUAACAACUUGCAGCUCGCGGAGAUGGUUAUGGAAUGUGCUCGAGUAAAGAUAUAUGAAGGAGAUGGACUGCCAGACAAGAUAUGCUCAGAGUGUAUUCAGAAGCUUAGCAGUGCACACAUAUUCAAGCAGCAGUGUGAAAGAUCGGAUCAGGAGUUGCGACGAAAUUAUGUGCCUCCACCUGGUUACAGUGCUGUACCUUCACCUACAAACAGGCAGAGCAGCGACUCAGCAUUCUCUAACAACACAGAUGUGUCUGUUAAGACUCAGGCCACAACAUCGCCGACGGAAACAAAAGUCUCUCCUGCAAGUCGGAGCAGAAAACGUAGUGCGGAAAGUAUUGACAAUACAUCAUCCAGCGGACAAUCCUAUGAAUACCGACCCACCUCUACUAAACGAGUGGCGGAACUUCGUGCUGCAGAAAAAAGGCCAAGAAGAACCCUUAACUCUUCUAAUGCAGACUCUGAUUAUGAAGACAAUAGUGGUUCCCAAUGCUCUGUUGAAACUGAUUCUGAUGAACCAUCAAAGAGCGAAUUCAAAUGUAAAGUUUGUGGCAAAGAAUUCGCCUCACAAAAAGGUGUGUCCGCACAUUCCAAAGUUCAUUUAAGGAAAAGUUACAAGAACGUUAUAGUCAACAUACCACAACCUGUUGAGAAUAGUGAAGUGGAGAAUGCCAAUGAUAUUGAGGAUAAGAUGGAAUGUGAGAAAUGUGACAAGAAAUUUAAAUUGAAAAUAAUGUUGAAACGUCACCAAGAAACAUGCGGAAAGAUAUUACCAAAGUCACCAAUUAAAGAGUUGCAAGUUUCACUGGAGCCAAUUGACUCUGUUUCCUCGCAAAACAAAAUUGAAUGUGAAAUGUGCUCAAACAAAUUUAAAACUAUAGAUAAUUUGGAGAAACAUAUGAGAGUAGUACAUGCGGCUGUUCUAAAACGCGAUAAAUAUGAGCAAAUAGUCGAAAACGGUGCAAACGUCGCCCCUUGUUAUUUUUGCGCGCAGCCAUUCGAGGAUUAUAAUGUUUACAUUGAACACUUUGAUAAUUGUUCAAAGAAGCGCGAUGUUAUUAUUUUCACAUGUCCACUCUGCCGCAAAGUUUUGUCUAAAAAGAGCACUUAUUUCCUUCAUAUAAAAAAUAUGCAUUUGUCUGUUUGUGGGGAACAAAACAAGAGUGUCGACAAAUCUAUGGAAGGUUCAUUUGAAUGUCGCAUAUGUAGUAAGAAGAUGGUGUCUCAAGACCAGCUCAUAAGUCAUCUGGCAGGGCAUAUGUCCAACAUGGGUGAUGAUGAAAUGGCUGAAGUCAAUACAUGUGAAAGUCCUACAGACAAUGAAGCAGAUUUAGCAAACUACUCAAAUCCUCAUGUAUCUUCUGGACCACUGAAGUGUAGCAUGUGUGAGAAACGAUUCACCUAUAAGAAAGCUCUCGUCACUCAUGAACAGAAGCACUUGGAUGGAGAGUUAGAGAUAAAACAAGAGCCAGAGGAGAAGGACAGCAGUUUGCUGAGCGAGUCCUACCGUGAGUCCGAGUCGGAAUCUAGUCAAGAAGACGAUGACGACAAUACAUGCGAUAUUUGUGAGAAGGAAUUUUCUUACAAGCGUCUGUUAAUUCAGCACAAGAAGACCAAACACAACAUGAGCUCCGGCACGAAGAGAGCCAAAAUCAGCCUCAAAGACUGCAGUGUGAAGUGUCUCAUCUGUGACAUAGAAAUGAAAGUGAGCGCAAUAAACGAGCACAACCAAAAACACACAACUAUUAACAUAAAGCCUCGUAAUCUGUACACGUGUGCGGAAUGCAAUGAGAAGUUUAAGAGCUGCAGCUCACUGGCCACGCACAUCAAGUUGGUGCACCGGCUGAAGCAGCCGCAAACGCCCAAGCUGCAGCGCGCGGAGUUGGCGGAUUUUUGUGAGGUCGUCGUGACCAAGACGGAACCUCUGGCUUCGGGCCAGGAUCGCGACGACCUUGUGACGGUUCCGUCUGAUCCCGAGUCUGCACCACUAGUCAAUCUGUCCGGCUUCACCUGCCCCACCUGUGGCAAGCAGAUGCCCACCUUGAUAUCACUGAAGAGGCACAUCAACUGGCAUUCUAAUGUCGGCAACAACAUUGAAAAGAAGCUGGAAUGUUUUGUCUGUAAAGAGGUAUUCCGGUUCCAGUGUCACUACCGGCUGCACAUGCGAAAACACUACAACGACACAAACCUGGACCCCGCGCUUCUCACCUGCACCAUCUGCAACCGCAAGAGCAAGCACCUCCGCGCCGCGAAGGCACAUAUGAAUUUCCACAAACAGACGCGUUUCAAGAAUAAGGACUACCAGUGCUCCAUAUGCAAGAGAGUCUUUCAGUUCCGAAAGGUGUACCUUUCUCACAUGGCGAUACACUACAAGCGCGGCGAGAGCGCCAACAACACGGUGGUCGGCAUCGAGUCGGCCGUCGCCCGCGAGCCCGCCGCGGCACACACCUGCCAAUACUGCGGGAAAGUGUGCGACUCCGAAGUCUCGCUCAAGCAUCAUGUCAUAUGGCACAAGUCGAAGACCUCGCUCUUCGGCGCCCGUCAUGAAUGCAACAUCUGCGGCAUUAUGUUCACCAACAAGAGAACAUUGGAGCUGCAUGUCCGAUCUCAUUACGAGGACGACAAUGGCCCUUACAAAUGUACAAUAUGCGGGAAAGGAUUCAUCGACGAAGUCUAUCACAGAAAACACGUGAAGGGGCACAACUUUGAUCACCAAUCGCACCAGGCCAGGAUAGCGAAGCUCAGAAAGGACAAGGUAAAGUGCCCGAUUUGUAGCCGAUUCUAUCCCGAUCUCGUUAAACUCAUCCGUCAUCUGCGGCGGACGCAUCCCGAGAGCAAAAUGAUAAAGAACGAUCCGGAUGCGCCGCAGCAGAGUUACUUCUCGUGUAAACUAUGCGCCAAAGUAUUCCUCGACGAGCGCAGGCUGCAGCACCAUGAGGAGGCCCACUUGAGGAAGCCGGAAUUCUUUAAAUGCAAAUUCUGCGGCAAGAAGACCAUGUCUUUGAAGGGUCAUCGCCUGCACAUUAAAUCUCACUUGACACAAAAAUAUAUCGAUGAGCCUCUCAAGUGCAUGCAUUGCGAGGAAACCUUCACGCGGGGAUACGAUCUGCAUUAUCACCUGCGCGACGUCCACGACAUCACCGAGACGUGGAUAGCGGAGCGCACCGAGAUAACGCUGAAUGGACCUCUCAAAGAGUUCCAGUGCUCCAUCUGCCUUAAGAUACUCGCGAGCAAAGGCAACUUCGAGCGACACAUUGAUUACCACAAUUCACUGAGGUGCAACUACUGCUUCGACUACUUCAGCUCGCUCAGAUUCUUGGAGGGCCACCUCACCUUCAGCUGCGACAAGAAGAAACUCGUCGGCGACACGGAGGUGUAUCCCCGGAAAGUGAAGUGCCAUAUCUGUUACAAAGCAUUUCAUCUUCAAGUUAAAUUAGACUGUCAUCUGAGAACUCAGCACAAUAUUAAAGUUUGUAAAGAGGUGUCUGAAGGUAAAAAGGACUUUGUCUGCGAUUAUUGCUUUAAAGUGUUCGAGAAUGAGUUCGCUCUGAGUACUCACAAAGUCUAUCAUCGCACCGUCGGUUUCUACGGCUGCCUGUACUGCAACCGAAAGUUCAACACACUGACGGUGUUCAAAAAGCAUAAAAACCAUCAUUUUUCACAGCUGAACGUCGACAACCCGACCAAGUGCGAGCACUGCGAUGAGACUUUUGUCGCAUUUAGAGAGUUUAUAUAUCACAUGAGAGAUGUCCACGGGGACGAUAAGGAAUGGACGGUAUUGCCCAAAGAGUCGAUAGAGGAAAAGUGCCAUAUUUGCAACAAAAUAUUCUUCAACCUCCACAAACAUUUGGCAUACCAUGAAGAGAAUAGAUGUAAAAAAUGCUCAGAGUAUUUUUACUCUCAGAUUGAGUACGACAAUCACCUGUGCGCAAUAGAGAGUGAAGAAGAGGUCGAUGAGAAGAACGAAAGUGAUCUAAGACCGAAAUACGAGGAGUGUGCGUUUUGCUUCAAGCCCACGACGAAGAAGAACUCGCAGCGGCUGCACGACCAUAUCCAUAAGGUGUCCGGCUCCAUCUCGUGCCGCUUCUGCCCUCUCAAGUUUAAAACUAUUGACGCGUUCAACAUCCACGCGUUCUCCCACCGCAGCAGAAAGUACGACAAGAAGCCGAUAAAGUGUCGGCAGUGCGGGGAGAAAUUCGUGCGCUACGGACCCUUCAUAAGGCACAUGAGGGCGGUGCACAAGUCGAAGCAGAAACUGCACUACCGCGCGAUGGUGCGCCCGGAGCCGUGCGUCGUCUGCGGGGAUCUCUUCCCCAACUUGCACAACCACUACCGCGCGCAUCUUCAGAACCAGUGCCAGCAGUGUCGCAAAUACUUUACUUCUUGCAAAGUGUUCUCACAACACGAAUGCGACAAAGAGGAUUCUAAUCCAUCGAAAGUGUUCACCUGCGACGAGAACCUCUUGGCUCUUAUCAAUUCGUACACGCCCAAGGACGAGAAAGACGACGAAAAAUUCUACGGGCACAGCGAUGAUGAGGACGAGAUGGCCGUAGAGCCGAAUGUACCUCACAAUGAUUACAUGACACAAGAUGAGGAGAGUCAAAAUUCCACAGAUAUGAGUAUUCAUCAAAUGGUCCAUGCGCCCAUUAUAUCAGAUGUUCUAUCGCUUUACAAGCAAAAGGAAGAAGAGACUCUUAAUGUGGUCGACUUGGUCGAUGAUAACAGCCUAGACGGUGAAGAUAUUGUUAACAUCAUUACUAUAGAUGACUGAAUUAAUCUAACUAACAUUUGAUGUGGAAAUUAUUGAGUAAGCUAAGCUAUUUGAGUAUCUGUUUUCAUUGACCAAAGCAUAUGGCAAAUAAAACUGAAGAAUUCUCCACUUUAAGU